AUGAGCACUCCCCACCCUCGAAAGCGACAGCGGAGACUCAUAGUUCAUUCCUCAGACGACGAGCUCGAAAGCCCAGUCCCAGUGAAGGGGAGACAGAAGCCUCAAGUCCAGGGGACGUAUAAAGGGAACCGCUCUUUGAAAGCUUCACGAGAGACUUCAACGGAGCCCGCAGGCGGCAACAAUCGCAAUGGGACUUUACAACUUCCGCUCUCCAGUCUACCUACAAGAACUUCCUCACAGAAUCGACCGCCUCUCCCCGAACGAUCCUUGAAUGACGUACUCAGAUCACCGAGUAAGGCAUCCUCUGUCCAUUCAACUCGCACGAGUCCUGCAUCUUCUCCGGAGAAGAAGCGAAAGAGCACCGCAAAAACCAAGAAGAACUCCAAUGAAGAUAAUACUGGGCAAGCUGGUAAAUCACUACGAAGCUUCUUCCAGCCGGCCACUGAAGAAGAGAGAUGGAACAGAUUACAAUUACAACGGGAAAAGGAGCGAGAGAAGGAGAAAGAGAGGGAGAGGCAGAUGCUCCUAGAACUUGAACAUGAUCUAUUGGAGGAUAUGAUUGAAGACGAUGACUCUUUGGAUGAAUUAUUAUCCCAGCCACGACAGAACAGCAAUAAGAGUGGAACAUCAAGUUUCCAUGGUCACCCUGAGCUAGAUCGGCGGAAAAGAAGCCCUCCUCCAGGUCAAAAAGGGAUACCAACUGCUAAACCAGAUACGAAACCAAGAUCAGGGAAAAGGUUCAUACUUCAUACAGAUAGUAAUGACACCGGGUUGUCAUCGCAGUCGACCUUUGCGUCAUUUGGGUCAUCUUCAGCGCCCGUACAAACAACUGGGAAGCCAUGGGCGGAGCAAUUCGCUCCAGCCAAUUUGGAUGAGCUUGCCGUGCAUAAGAGGAAGGUUGCGGACGUGCAGAACUGGCUGAAUGAGGUUUUCAUCGGUCGAAGUCGACGCCGCAUACUUGUGCUAAAAGGACCUGCGGGCAGUGGCAAAACUACAACCAUUUCACUGUUAUCGAAAGCUCUCGGGUAUGAUAUCGUAGAAUGGAGAAAUUCUGCUGGAACAGAAUAUUCCGCUCAAGGAUAUGCCUCUACUGGGACACAGUUUGAUGACUUCCUUGGUCGUGGUGAGCAAUAUAACUGUCUAGACUUAGAUGGUGAAGCUACUGCUUCAACUCCCAAUAGCAGUGCAGCCUUGCAAUCUUCAAGACGGCGUAUAAUACUUGUGGAAGAGUUUCCUUCAUCCCUUAGUCCUGGAUCAUCUGGGUUAACGGCAUUUCGGUCCGCACUUUUGCGUCAUGCUGCCCCCUCGCUACCUUCAAGUUCUGCCAGGAUGACGGCUCGUUCGGUAGAAACCCUGAAUACCCCAAUUGUUAUCAUUGUUUCCGAGACCUUACUCGGAGACGGUACCUCUUUCUCUGAUAGCUUUACUGUCCAUCGUCUACUAGGGCCAGAGUUAUCCAAUCACCCAGGAGUCGGCAUUAUUGAAUUCAAUCCGAUUGCGCCAACAUUUCUCACUAAAGCUUUAGACCUGGUGCUAAAGAAAGAAGCGCGCUUAUCUCACCGAAAACGUAUCCCCGGACCUGCAGUCCUUAAGCGGUUCGCUGAAAUGGGAGACGUUCGCAGCGCCAUUUCCUCGUUGGAAUUUAUCUGUCUUCGGGGCGGCGAUUAUGAAGGGUAUAGUGGGACACUCAAUGGUCGUCCGAAACGCCUGGGUAAAACAAAUCCUCCGCCUACAGCAAUGGAAAUGGAAACUCUCGAAAUGGUUACCCAGCGGGAGGCCAGCUUGGGGAUUUUCCACGCUGUUGGUAAAAUUAUGUACAAUAAAAGGGACGAGCCGAGCUCCUCGGCCUCAACCCGCACUGGCUUAAGGGGCAGGAAACCUUCCUCGAAACCCGGAGGUCACCAUGAUCUGGUAUCUCAAGUUUCCGUCGACGACCUGAUUAACGAAACCGGAACAGAUAUCCAGACAUUUUUGUCUGCGUUACAUGAAAAUUAUCCCCCAUCUUGCCAUGGCGAUUUAUUCACCGAAUCCUUGGAUGACUGCUCCGAGCAGCUUUCUGCCGCGGAUAUCCUGGGCAUCGGGAAUCGUCGGAAUAUGCAAUCGGCUCGUGGGCUUGGAUCUGGACGCAUUGCAUUUCAAGGGUCUGGUACCGGAAUUGACAUCCUACGCCAGGACGAAAUUAGUUUCCAGGUUGCUUCGCGGGGCCUUUUAUAUCAUCUCCCUUUCCCGGUCAACCGGCGUGGGCCAGAUGCGCACAAAAUGUUUUAUCCUUCCUCAAUAAAGCUAUGGCGGCAGGCCGAAGAAGUAGAUGGCCUAGUUGCCCUUUGGAUGCGACGGAUAAUGACCGCCUCUACGACUUUACUCAAUUCUGACAAAGCACCUCGGCGAACCGAGGGGGUAGCAUCCUGGGGAAUCCGUGCUCGGAUGCCAAACACUCCACAGGAAAGUGGGCUUGAUAGCCAGGACGUGGCGAGAUGCAUGAUAUCUCGCAAUGAAGUCAUCUUGGAACGACUUCCUUAUAUGAAACUAAUAUCCAAAGACAUGAGUGAACGAAAGGAAAUAGGAAAGAUAACACAGGUAAACGGUUUGAUACGGCGGAGCCAAGAAAUUGAGGAGGAUGAUAUUCAUGGCUAUAAUACCCAUUUCAAUUCAACUAUGGGUUCUCCUCGGAAAAAUCGAACGUGGCAGUCAAAGCCAGCAACAUAUAGUAUUACAGGCUUACCCUCUGUUGAAGAAGAGGUAGAUAAACUCGUCUUGAGUGAUGAUGAUAUCGAGGACGAUUAA